AUGUACUUACAGGCCAAUGGGUGUGAAUGGGAUCAAUCUACGUGUACUCAAGCCGCGACAUCGGGAUUUUUGGAAUGUCUCCAGUUUGCACACGAGCAUGGGUGCCCGUGGACUGAAUCGACGUGCUCCGGAGCCGCAUCUUCAGGUAAAUUAGAUUGCCUAAUGUAUGCACGGGCCAAGGGUUGUCCUUGGGACGAGUCGACAUGCUCCCAAGCCGUCAUUGCAGGGAGCUUGGAAUGUCUAAAGUAUGCUCAUGAGCAUGGUUGUCCUUGGAACUCAAUAACAUGCACUGACGCCGUGAUCUAUGGUAAAUUUGACUGUCUUGUAUAUGCUCGAAAUAACGGUUGUCCAUGGGAGGAAGACUUGUUAUGCUAUUUCGCCGCAGCGUACGGACACCUUAAUUGUUUGCGUUUUACGCAUGAAAAUGGUUGUAUUUGGAAUAAAUAUACGUGCGCCGUAGCUGCAGCAAAUGGGUACUUGGACAUUCUUAAGUACUUGCAUGAAAACAAUUGUCCUUGGGACACAUUAACGUGUGAAAUGGCGGAAAAGAAUGAAGAAAUGGAAUGCUUGCAAUACGCCUACUCACAUGGAUGUCCAUGGACCAAACCUUCAUUCAGUAUUGAGUAG